AGCUGCAGUUUAUUUUGACAACAUGGCGAGUGCAGACGAUGAGUAUGACACAAGUUGGGUAACAGAUUUGAAACAGGCACUUCUUUCUGAGUGCAGUCUAGAAAGUAUUAAAAAAGUAUGCCAAGGAAGACCACUUCCAGAUACUUUGAGAGCAGAAAUUUGGAAGCUCCUUUUAGCUAUAAAUAUUAAAAGUGAAGAAUCAUGGGAUGAAAUUUUUGACUUGCCCAUUCAACCAUUGAUUAGGGAAGACUGCCAAAAGUUAGUCGAUAGAUUAGGAAAUGAAGAAGAAGACAAAGUUUCUGUUUUAUGUGAUGUAGAAUCUAUUAUUACGAGGUACUGCCGCCAAGCUGCUUUUGAAUAUGACCGAAACUGGGUUCAACUGUUAGAGCCGUUAGUUGCUUUACGUUUACCUAAGGCACAAUUGUAUUCUUAUUUUCACACAAUACAAAAUAUCUAUGUACCAAAAUAUUCUAGUAAAAAUCAAAGUUCUUUUCACCUUUUACGCCUUUUGUUGCUAUACCAUGAGCCAGAAGUUUGCUCUUUUUUGGAUACAAAGAAAAUAACUCCCGAAUGUUAUGUGAAAGCCUGGUUUGGAAGUUUAUUUUCUUCGACUUGCUGCCUAAAAGUUAUCCGUAUUAUGUGGGAUAUAUAUUUCCAAGCUUCUGAACCAUUCCUUGUAUUCUUCUUGGCAUUGGUAAUUUUGAUCAAUGAAAAAGAACAGCUGCUUCUUAUGAAAGAUGAUGAUAGACAAUCCAUAAUAGAAACUUUGUCGAUGAUGCCAUGUGGUCUGGAACCAGAAGAUGUUGAAGAUUUUUGUACAGUAGCAUUCCAUUACAUGUCUUGCACACCUCGUUCAUUUUUCAAGGAAUAUUAUUCUUUAGUCUUCGAAGGAAAGCAUGAUGAAAAAAAAAGUUCCUUUCUCUCACAAGCUUUAUGUUUACCUGUGUCAGUUGAUGACCUACUUUCAAGAAGCUACGCAAAAGCAGAUAGUGAUAUAAAAUAUUUUGUCGUUGAUUGCCGUCCAGCUAAUCAGUAUAACUCUGGGCAUCUUUCCACUGCCUUUCACCUAGAUGCUAGUCUGAUGCUUCGUGAACCCACGGCCUUUGGUACUGCAGUUGAGGCACUUUUUGCUGCUAAAAAGCAGGCUAAUAUAGUUGGUUCAGUAGCAGCUGGGGAGCAUAUUUGCUUUGUUGGUAGUGGAAGAGAAGAAGAAGAUCAGUAUGUGUACAUGGUUGUUGCAAGUUUCCUUCAAAAGCAUCAAAGCUACAUAAGCUUAGCUCAAGGGGGCUAUGCAGCAUUACAUGAAAUUAUUCCGCCCAAUGACAUUAACUUGAUGCUGGCAUCUCACUGUUACAAAAGUUGCCUAGUCUGUUUGUCUAAAACACCUGUGAAUGGAAGUGCCAAUGAAAAAGACAUAUCUAUUUUUGACCAGCUGGCUUCCGCUGUUAAGUUUAAAGGUAAUUUUGUUAAAGAACGUCUUGUGGAAUAUAUCACAAAUCCACAAACAGAAGAAGACAGGCAUGUUAGCAGCAGUGAUCGAUUAGGAAAACGCUAUAGAGGCAUGGCACCUGUUUUUAGCAUAGGAGAUGAUGAAGAUCCCGACAAAUUUACAGAAUCCGAGGAAGAAGUUUCGUAUGAAGAAGUUAAUAUCCAGACCUGGUUAAAUAAGCCAGGUGUGAUAGGAAAGUUUGAAUGUGAAGAAAUUAAAGAUGUAGAAAUAAGAUAUCCAGGUUAUCUGAUUGUCACAGAAACGCAUAUGUACAUUUUAAGGACCAAUCGACAAAAGAAAGGAUACGCUCAUAUUGUUGGUACACAUCCUCUUACUUCAAUAGUUAAAAUUACAAGCAAGCGGAAAUAUCCAGAGUGGAUUACGUUUGCUUAUGGCCAUACGGAAGAGGAUGGUCUUCUUAUUAAUUCUAGGGUGCACUUACUCAUUCCAAAAGCAGGAGAUGCUACUAGUCUUAUCAAAUAUAGAAUCUACGGCAUUAGUGAAAAUAAUUCAUCCAAUAGUCAAUCCUGAUUUUACUCAUGAGCACUGAGUAACUUUAUUUUUCGUUUCCACACAAUUACAUCCAUGUUAUAAUGCCGUACAUUAUCGUACGUAAGUUAGAAUACCUUAUUUUCAUUCUGAAAUUAUUUUUAAAAUGUCAGAUUUUAAAGUGUACUUUAUCGCGAUUGUCAUUUUAAUAAUUUCGUUUUUGUAAGAUCAAUAUUUCUUUAAAGGCUAUGUUAUUGAAAUGCUAACUUUUCAGUGAUCUUCCACUCAUGGGUUCAUUCCAAGUUGAUAUUUUGUUUUAAACAAUUUUUCCAGUACACUUAAGUGCAAACUUGUGUUAAAGUAUGUUUCCUAGUAUCAUUUUAUUGGGAAUACACCUGCCAAAUGUUGGAUUUACAAACUUAUUUGUAAGUUUCUUGUAAAAAGCAAUUGAGUUAGUUCUAGUCUUGUGCAUUUUUUUUUUGUAAAUAUACAUUCCAAAUUUGAAUAUUGUUUUAUAAUGAAGAAUAGUUUAAAAAGUAAAACUUUAUAUGUGUUUCUUAUAUCCAUUAGAGUUUCAACUUUUUCUUACAGUACCACCGAAAUGCUGUAUUGCUUCAUUAAAAGCAAAUAUUAUUGUUAUUAUAUUGAUUUAGCAGUGCUUUAAAAAUAUUGUCAAAAAUUAUGGAUACUUAAAUAUAAUAGUGUAUUAAAAUAAUCUUUGAAAAAGGGCAUUAUAUAACAUUGGCAAUUUAUAAGUGUUUUAUUGUUCAAAAGUUUGUUUUGUUUGCCUAAGCAAUGCAAUAACAAUGAAAAAAAUUCUUAUAACAUACAAAUACCCAGAAAACUACAUGCACUGAUAAGAUUUUUUCUAAACCUUGAUUUCAAAUUUUAAACUAUCUGAUAAUAUUCUCAGCUGUGGCAAUUGAAAAAUAUGUUCUGAAUAUAAGUCCUGCCGUUUUUUAAAAAUUUAACAUAAGUGGAUGGAAAUGUUUUGAGUCACUAGGCAUCAAUCAGCCAGUAAUGCCUAAGAAAGAACAAAGUAGUUAGAUUAAACCAACGCCUUCAUAACAUUAAAUGCCUAUCACAUUUGCCUCAAAAAGUGAACUUCUGUCAAUGUUGAUUUCCGGUACGGAGGACAGCGUUACCUAGCGGCAAUCCGAGAAAGGCGUUGGUUGGAAAUGGAUCCAAAUAAUUCAGUCAAAUAGUUAAUUGGCUAAUUUCAAAAUUUAAAUGUAGAAAUUAACCAAUUGUUUUCUUCACUAAUAAUUUCUAAUACCUUCAACAGAUGGCAGUGGCCUCCAUACCAACAUUGAUCAGUCCUCAUUUUGAGUUCAUUUUUGUUCUGUAUUAAAAGCAAGAAAGUGAUAGGCAUUUAGUAUUAUAUGGACACUGGAUCAGACUUUUUUUUUAUAUAGAUUAUAACUGCAUUACACUCAGUCAAAUACUUUACAAACAUUUCACAUAUUAUUUAUUGGCUUUACUUUUCCUCUUCACUAUAAUGUUCUCAUAAAACAAAAAAAGAAUUUUAUCAGAGUUUGAAACAGGAUCUGACAAAGCCUGGGCGACUAAAAAAAUAACUUGACGACUAGUUUUUAUCAGAACUAGAAUCUUUCAGAAGACAUGUUACGCUGAAUUUGCCUUCAAACUUGGAGAAAUAAUUUGUCUGGAUCCCCCCAAAAAAUUCUGGCUCCUAAGAGCUGAAUUUAAAAGAAUGUUGCAUACAGCUUUUUUUUUCCUUUCUCUUUUGUUUUCUCCUUUCAGCAAUUAAAGAAAAAUCUGAGAGAUGACAUGGACACACAUCAUUCUUACAGUAAAAUAUGUUCUGUCUUUACGCAAUUCAACUCCCAGUUAUAACUGAAAAAAAUAUUUAUGUCUGUUAUGAUCAAGUUUACAAAGUAUACCUUCACACUUGAUGUAAAAAUAUAUGAAAUAUGUAAAUGAUGUUUACAUUGAAAAUGUAAAAAGUUUUUAUAAUUUUAUUUAUUUUGGAAUAAAGC